AUAAUGGGCAAUGAAACAGCUCUGACUGAAUUCCUUAUCUUAGGGUUCUCCAGUCUACAGGACCUUCAGCUGCUGCUUUUCUUUAUUUUUCUCCUCACUUACAUCUGUACUCUGGUGGGGAACAUCUCUAUUAUUACCAUCGCUUGCCUGGACCCUCAGCUUCACACCCCCAUGUACUUCUUCCUGGGAAACCUCUCCUUUCUGGAUAUCUGUUACACCACCACUAAUGUCCCCCAGAUGCUGGGACACCUACUAUCUGAGAGGAAGAGCAUCACCUAUGCUGGGUGUGUAAUUCAGCUCUACUUCUUCAUCUCUUUCGUGGGUACUGAGUGCAUCCUUCUGGCUGCCAUGGCCUAUGACCGCUUUGUAGCUAUCUGUCACCCUUUGUAUUAUGCAGUCAUGAUGAGAAAAGAACUUUGCCUCCAGUUGGCUGGUGCCUCCUGGGCAAGUGGUUUUCUCAACUCGGCUGUGCACACCUAUUUCACGUUCCGCCUGCCUUUCUGUGGGGCCAAUGAACUCAACUACUUCUUUUGCGAUAUCCCUCCCCUCCUGAACCUUUCCUGUGGCGACACCACCCUCAAUGAGAUCAUUCUUCUUGUGGUUGGGGUCUUCAUAGGAUGGACCCCAUUUAUCUGCAUAGUUCUUUCAUACGUCUACAUCAUUUCUACUAUCUUGAAGAUAAGCUCCUCGGAAGGGAGGCUCAAAGCAUUCUCCACUUGCUCCUCACACCUGACAAUCGUCCUCAUGUAUUAUGGGAGCGCCAUCUUCACCUAUGUCCGGCCAUUAUCGACAUAUUCAGAUAAAGACAGAUUUAUUUCUAUCCUUUACAGCAUCAUCACACCCAUGUUAAACCCCUUGAUCUAUACCCUGAGAAACAAGGAUAUUAAAUGCGCUUUAAAUAGAACCUUUAUGGGGAAAACACAUUCAAAUUGA